AUGCACGCAUGUGCGAUGCCUGCUACGACAUCAUCUACGCCUGCCCCACCACAUGCUCACUCGCUCUGUGUCCGUACACCUCUCCCUGAAGCUAUAUUGACAGGCUAUGUUGUCACCGCCACCGCCGCCCUGAUGACAAUAGAUCAGCAGCUCAGCUACCGCUGCAAGCGCAACGACGACUACGACGACGCCCUCCUCUGCAAGUGGAAUAUAAUUAAACAGCCUGCCCUUAUGUCACUCUCGGAGAUUUCUGCCUACAGUCACACUAGUGAACAACUUCAACUGGCCCUUGUUAUUCUUUCGAAGACUUCUACUUACAGUCGCAUGGAGGCCAUGUUGGAGGUCUGCGACAUUCCCUUGUCUCUCUUUUUGUUUGUCGACACAGCUACUCUAAAUUGUUUGUACUUCUCCGAGAGUGCCUCACGUGAAAGCUCCCUCUAUAAUACUGCUCAACCUAUCUCUCGACCCUACACAAACAAAGAUAAGAUUGAUGUCAAGUAUGACAAAGAUGAUAAGAAUCACACCAAUGUAUGCUUAACUAGACAGACCCGCAAGGAGACCUGA